UGCAGGUCUUCCGGUCUAUUGCGACCUACACUUGGUGACGGAUACGGAAGAACCUAUCAUCCCGAACCGGACGGAUAUUAAAGGGACGUACAGUCCCUUAAUAUUGCCUCAAUCCGCGUCUGGCUCUUUCAAUGACCGAAGAGGGGUAUUCAGUGACUCUUCUCCGUCAGGGAAAGUAUUUGAAACAGGAUGAUGGCUCCAUCUUGCGCAGUUGCAAUACCGUUUUGCUUCGCGGGCCCUCUGGUUCAAUCAUCGUCAACCCUGGAUCUGUCUGGGACAUCGCUUCGCUAAGAUCAUUGUUGUCGUCCGCUGGGAUAUCCUCUCCGGAAAAACAAAUCGCUUACGUUAUUUGUACUGAUGGGCGAGCGGAACACAUUGGUUGUUUGAGCCUCUUUGAGGCUGCCGAAAUGAUGAUUGUCGGAUAUGAUAUACACAAGCGCGGCGACUUGUUCAUCGCACAUGACUUUGCGGAUGGCAUUGCACCUUACGAAUUUGAUGAGCAUCUGUAUGUGAUCGGUACUCCUGGCAAACGCGGACACCAAGUCAGUUUGAUGGUUCGUGGUUGGCUGACGGACGGAUCGAACUCCGAAAACAAAGGGCCUAUUGGCCGGAUAGCAAUUACUGGAGGACUAUUCACUGAUGAAGCUGAUGCCUGUAGCGUCAGUUUCUUCGAUACUGUGGAGGACAGCUAUAGAGAAAUCAUCGGCGACAAAGAGAGUUUCAUCAACUGUUGGCGCCGAAGUCGUCAGUAUGUGUUGGACCGCGCAGACUGGAUCAUCCCUGCCUAUGGAAAGGCAUUCAAAGUCCAACCUGAAUACUCUUCAACUCCUUGCGUGGAACUGGCUUAAUCCAUUGGUUCGUUUCUUCAUGUGUUGAAUUGUGAUCACUGGAUUCAGAGCAGUCGUUAUAGAACCACGGUUGUCGUCGGAAUAAUGCAACCCAUCGAUUUGCUUGGUCAACACCCAUGUUCCUGGCUUACUCCUCUAUUCACAUUACCACUUUCACAUUUCCUGUAUCUAUGUUGGAAAAGAUACUUUUUUAACUACUUUUG